UCGCAAGUCGUAUAAUUAUCUUGUGCGUGUUUGUAAUAUUAACAUGUUUCCCCAUCUCAUUAUUGUCAUUCAGGCAUGAGGCAUGGGUUCAUCACACCAGGUAUUAUACAAGCCAUCACAAGUAAUGGUCCCUCCUGCACAAUUUGUGCGAUCCCUCUGGAUGACAAUUGGAUAAUCACAUUCACUGGGUCACAAUUGACUUACACUAUGUUCUGGAAGGACGACUUAACAUGCCUAGGGUUGUACCAGCACUACGAUAGUCUCACUUUCCACACACAUUUUGUACAAUGAAAUGCAUUGCUACAUACUGCUAUACUUGACAAAGCAACGUGUAGGCUCUAAUGGGAAACACGACCAAAGAGUAA